AUGAACCAACGAAGCGGUACUCCAAGCGCGAUUAGUAAGGUGCAUGCGGCCACCAUACAGAAAACGGAUUGUUGUUCUCUAUGUAGCAACGAACAUUCAAUCGAUAUUUGUGACACGUUCAAAAAAAUUACUGUGAAUAGCCGAUAUGCUAAGGCUAAGCAGCUAGGAUUGUGCUUUCUAUGCUUGAAACGUGGGCAUCGUACGACAAAUUGCAAGAGUGAUAGUAGCAAGUGGUGCGAAUGCAAAGGCAAACACCACCCUCUGAUGCAUUCGAAGGACAAGGAAAGCAAAGAAAACAGUACGGAAGAAGCAGCUAAUAAAACUACAACUGACCAAGCAAUUGCUGGCAGUUCGAAAAGAAGUGAAGAGCCACGCACGGUAGCGAAAUGUGAAGUUCCAAGUACUCCAACCGUGGCCUCGAAACAGGUGUUGUUGGCAACCGCGAUUGUUGAAAUGGUUGGUGCUGGUGGCGUGAAGCACAACUGCCGCGCCUUACUCAAUUCCGGAGCAAUGGCGAAUUUUGUUUCCGAGAGUAUGUGUGAUAUUUUGAGUCUUCCCAAGAGUUGUGCGAACGUGCCGAUUGUCGGAGUAAAUGGCACGAAAAUGAAUGCAAUGUUCAAAAUUAAUGCUACAGUGAAAUCAAAAACGACAGAUUAUGAGAGUUCCAUCGAUUAUCUCGUCGUACCUCGCGUUACUGGUGCACUGCCUUCCCUCAAGCUCAAUUCUAAAAAUUGGCCGAUUCCUACUGAGCUGCAAUUGGCCGAUCCAAAAUUCUUUAUUCCCAGUCGAAUUGAUAUUCUGUUGGGAGCAGAGGUGUUUUUCGAUCUGCUGCAAGUAGGCAAGAUUCGAAUGUCUACUGAAUUACCGAUACUACAAGAGAGCCGCCUAGGGUGGCCCAUUUAUAAUGUUCGAAGUGUUACGGGCGUUCAAAACUGUCAUGCUUCUUCUAGCAAUCAAUAUAACGAACAGUUGAAUGAUCUAAUGAAACGUUUUUGGAUGAUUGAUGAGCAAAUAAAGGAUCAACUUGAAGGUGACGAAUGUGAAAGUCAUUUUAUAUCCACGUAUUUCCGAGGAGAAGAUGGAAGAUACGUCGUCAAGCUGCCGUUUCGCAAGGACGCAGGUGAGCUCGGAGAUUCACGAACCCAAGCCGAGAAGCGUUUCAAAGCUUUGGAAGCUAGGUUGGAGAAAUACCCUGAUACAAAGCAAAAAUAUAAAGGCUUUAUUUACGAGUUCAUUAGCCUCGGACACGCGAGGAUUUUGUAA